UGUGGAGGCCAGGGCAAUUAUUAGGGUUUCGGUGGUGACGCUGCAGAGCAGAGGAGGGCCGUUGCUUCUUCGCCAUUAAAGGUGAGCAGAGAAAGGUGUGUUUUCUUUAUUUUUUGGACAAAAUUUUCAUUGCACUUGGAAGUUGUUAUUGAAGUCCUGAUAAGUAAGUUGAAGAAGAAGAUUUUGAACAUUUUGACGGAAACCCUAGGGAAGGGAAGGGAAUGGAGGAGGAGUCGCCAACAACAACAGCAACUCUUGGGAAGCGGAAAGUAACAGAAAAGGAGGAGGAGGAUCGGGAAUCUGCAUCGAAACGUCGUAAUUUGGCUCGAACAUGUGUGCACGAGGUUGCUGUUCCAAGUGGGUACGCAUCCACCAAAGACGAGUCUAUUCACGGGACAUUGUCAAAUCCUGUUUAUACUGGGGAGAUGGCAAAAACCUACCCGUUUGAUCUAGACCCCUUUCAGCAAGUUUCAGUGGCAUGUUUAGAACGAAAUGAAUCGGUUCUGGUUUCUGCCCACACUUCAGCCGGGAAAACUGCUGUUGCUGAGUACGCAAUUGCAAUGGCUUUUAGAGAUAAACAAAGGGUUAUAUAUACUUCGCCCUUGAAAGCUUUAAGCAACCAGAAGUAUAGAGAGCUAAACCAGGAGUUCUCGGACGUUGGGUUGAUGACCGGUGAUGUUACACUAUCUCCCAAUGCAAGUUGUUUGGUCAUGACCACAGAAAUUCUCAGGGGAAUGCUUUACAGAGGUUCUGAGGUGUUGAAGGAAGUUUCUUGGGUUAUAUUUGACGAAAUACAUUACAUGAAGGAUCGGGAAAGAGGGGUUGUUUGGGAAGAGAGUAUCAUAUUCUUGCCUCCGGCUAUUAAGAUGGUUUUCCUUUCAGCAACAAUGUCCAAUGCUACCGAGUUUGUGGAAUGGAUAUGUAAUUUGCAUAAACAGCCAUGUCAUGUGGUGUAUACUGAUUUUCGACCAACACCUCUACAGCACUAUGUGUUCCCUAUGAGUGGCUCAGGGUUGUAUCUUGUUGUGGAUGAGAAUGAGCAAUUUAGGGAGGACAAUUUUAUGAAGUUGCAGGAUACUUUCACGAAGCAGAAGCAGAAGCAGGGCGAUGGGAACAAGAGUGCCAAUGCCAAGGCCAGUGGCAGAAUUUCGAGAGGCGGGAAUACCUCUGGUGGUUCUGACAUAUACAAAAUUGUCAAGAUGAUUAUGGAAAGGAAAUUUCAACCAGUCAUAAUUUUCAGCUUUAGUAGAAGAGAAUGCGAACAACAUGCAAUGUCCAUGUCUAAACUUGAUUUUAAUACCCCAGAGGAGAAGGAUGUUGUUGAGCAGGUUUUCCAAAAUGCAAUACUAUGCUUGAAUGAGGAGGAUAGAAACUUACCUGCUAUCGAGCUGAUGUUGCCAUUGCUUCAUCGAGGCAUUGCUGUUCAUCAUUCUGGACUUCUCCCUAUUAUCAAGGAAUUGGUGGAACUUCUCUUCCAGGAAGGCCUUGUAAAAGCACUUUUUGCCACAGAGACAUUUGCUAUGGGUUUAAACAUGCCUGCAAAAACUGUUGUUUUUACCAGUGUUAAGAAAUGGGAUGGAGACAGUCAUCGUUACAUUGGAUCUGGUGAGUAUAUCCAGAUGAGUGGAAGAGCCGGUCGCCGUGGCAAAGAUGAGCGUGGUAUUUGUAUUAUAAUGAUUGAUGAGCAGAUGGAGAUGAAUACCCUCAAGGACAUGGUUUUGGGUAAACCAGCUCCAUUGGUCAGUACUUUUAGACUGAGCUAUUACUCAAUUUUGAAUUUAAUGAGCCGUGCUGAAGGCCAAUUUACUGCUGAGCAUGUUAUCAGGAAUUCGUUUCACCAAUUUCAGUAUGAAAAGGCUUUACCAGAUAUGGGGCAAAAGAUUUCGAAGCUUGAAGAGGAAGCUGCCAUGCUCGAUGCCUCUGGAGAAGUUGAGGUUGCUGAAUAUCAUAAACUAAAGCUAGAUAUAGCCCAGCUUGAGAAGAAAAUGAUGGCAGAAAUAACAAGGCCUGAAAGAGUUCUUUAUUUUCUUCUCCCCGGUAGGCUGGUUAAGGUACGGGAAGCUGGAACAGAUUGGGGUUGGGGAGUUGUAAUUAAUGUGGUUAAAAAGCCCCCAGCAGCAUUAGGCACUUUGCCCCCUGCAUUAUCUUCUUCACGUGGUAUUAGCUAUAUUGUGGAUUCUUUGCUUCAUUGCUCUAUUGGUUCAAGUGAAAAUGGUUGUCGUCCAAAGCCAUGUCCACCCCGUCCCGGAGAGAAGGGUGAAAUGCAUGUGGUUCCUGUACAGUUGCCCUUAAUUUCUGCCCUUAGCAAAAUCAGAAUAUCGAUCCCUUCUGAUCUCCGGCCAGUGGAAGCAAGGCAAAGUAUACUUCUUGCUAUACAGGAGCUUGAAAAACGUUUCCCUCAAGGUCUUCCAAAGCUUAAUCCUGUUAAGGACAUGGGCAUUGAAGAGCCAGAAUUUGUUGAGUUGGUCAAUCAAAUUGAGGAGCUUGAGCAAAAAAUAUUUGCACAUCCUCUUCACAAGUCUCAAGAUGAACAUCAGAUCAGAUGUUUCCAGAGGAAAGCGGAAGUCAAUCAUGAAAUUCAACAACUAAAAGCAAAAAUGCGUGAUUCCCAGCUUAAAAAGUUUCGUGAUGAACUCAAGAACCGUUCACGGGUUCUGAAAAAGCUUGGCCAUAUUGAUACUGACGGUGUUGUCCAGUUGAAAGGACGGGCAGCCUGCUUGAUUGACACAGGAGAUGAACUCCUUGUUACGGAAUUGAUGUUCAAUGGUACCUUCAAUGAUCUUGAUCAUCAUCAAAUUGCAGCCCUUGUAAGUUGCUUCAUUCCGGGAGACAGAUCAAGUGAGCAGAUACAGUUACGAGCAGAACUUGCUAAACCAUUGCAACAACUGCAAGACAGUGCCAGAAGAAUAGCAGAUAUACAACAUGAAUGCAAAUUGGAAAUAAAUGUGGAUGAGUAUGUGGAGGCAGCCGUUAGACCAUUCUUGAUGGAUGUCAUUUACUGUUGGUCAAAGGGAGCAUCUUUUGCAGAGGUAAUACAAAUGACUGAUAUCUUUGAGGGGAGUGUUAUACGGCUCGCUAGAAGGCUGGAUGAAUUUCUGAACCAGUUGUGUGCUGCUGCUCAUGCUGUGGGGGAAGCUGAUUUGGAGAAGAAGUUUGCAGCGGCUAGUGAAAGCCUUCGUCGAGGUAUUAUGUUUGCCAAUUCCUUGUAUUUGUAGAGUGUCUUGUGCAGAUCGUGCUGUUAUGUUUUGCAGCAGUCACGUUUCUGCCAACGGUGUUGUCAUUCGCAGUUGCAAAUGUGCAGUUAGUUUCUUAGACAUGUUAGAUGUGAUGAGUUGAUAUAGCAGUUGUUUCUUCUUAUUUAUUUGUUGACAGCUAGAGUUUUUUUAGUUUAUUUUUUUAUAUAUAUUCCUCAACAUGGUUAUUGCUACUUAUCUAAGUUAGCUUGUUGAUCAAUGCUGUACAAGUGCGAACUUACAAAACAUUUUGAUACAACAAGAAUAAAAAAAAAAAA